AAAGAGAUCCAGUUGUUCUCGUAUUAGCCUAUUGCCAACUGCUAUCAACAUAUCUAUUUUGUAUGUACUAGAGACGCCCAAGUUUUCACGAAAUCAGGACCAAACAGAAUCGGUCGUAAAUACAAGAAAGCACUUUAUCGUGAAUACACAGACAGCAGUUUUUCCAAGAGGAAAUUGCAACCUGACUAUCUUGGGAUACUGGGACCGAUGAUCAAGGCGGAAGUCGGAGACAUGGUAAAAGUGGUGUUCAAGAAUAAGGCGUCGAGGAGUUACUCCAUCCAUCCACAUGGCGUGUUUUAUGAGUAAGUUGUUGUGUAAACAUUUCUGUAUUACGUAAUGAAAAACACGUAACCCUUAACACGCAACAAUCUAAUAUCAUGUCAUUGUCAACAAGAUGUGUUCGCAACAACCUAAAAACAAGGUUAUUACAAAAUUGUAACAAUGUUCUACAGAUUGCUACAUACAGUAUUUGUCACUCACAACUUGUUAACAGACUGUUUUUUGCAAGACAAUAACAACUUGCUCAAUGAUUAACCCUCAGUACAUAGUUUAUUUCUACUUUCAGUAAGCAAAAUGAAGGAGCAUUAUAUCUGGACAACACGACGUCCAAGGCUGACGAUGCGGUCGCACCUGAUCAGACAUACACCUACACAUGGCGCGUCCCUAAGAGAGCUGGGCCGAGUGAGACUGAUAACGAAUGUGUCACGUGGUCGUAUUAUUCUCACGUCCGACGAAGGAUACCAACUCGGGACUCAUUGGUCCGUUGAUUAUUUGUAGAAAGG